UGUUGCCUUUUGCUUCAUUUCUACCACGCCGCGCCAGCGAUCAUCUGGGCUAGCUGCAGGAACCGCUGAAGCAAAGUCGAAGAGUGCAAACUUAUCACACUUCGAGCAUUUCGUCGACCAUUAGCUAGGUGCGUGCACACCGUUCUGCGUCUGAUACGUGUUUGCACAGCUGUGCUUUAUGUCGCUUUAAUCGAACCACUCUGCCACCUGUGGAAGUGAGCCCGUGUUUCGCGCCAGUCGUGGUUUCAGGAUCGCCCGGUAGUACGUUCGUUUGCUACUCGCUGUGAUGACUGGUAUCCAGCAACUGGCAGGACGCUUGGCCCUGGUCACAGGCGGUGGCAGCGGCAUCGGUCGCGCUGUGUGCAAGGCCUUGUCAAACGAAGGAGCGCGCGUUGUGGCUGCCGACAUAAACAAGGAAGGUGCGGCGACUACGGUCAGCGACUUGCCAGGCUCCCAUGAACACCGUGCUCUACAAGUGGAUGUUGGAAGCUCAGAAUCUGUGUCGUCGAUGUUUGCUGAAAUCAAAAAGACAUACUCUGCCCCUGUGAGCAUUGUAGUCAACUGUGCUGGUAUUGUGCGAGACACCUUCCUUAUGGACAUGACUGAGGAAUCAUUCGAUGAAGUCAUGAAGAUAAACCUAAAGGGCACGUACCUUGUGACUCAAGCUGCUGCUCGAGAAAUGGUCUCAUCCAGUGUGCCAAAUGGAGCUAUAGUGAACAUUUCCAGUAUUGUUGGGAAGACUGGGAACAUGGGUCAGUGUAACUACGCUGCUUCGAAGGCGGGUGUCGUGGGUUUCACGAAGACAGUUGCCUUGGAACUGGCCAAGCAUAAUAUUCGUUGCAACGCCAUCAUGCCUGGCUUCAUAGAGACGCCUAUGGUCGCCAGUGUCCCAGAAAAAGUGCUGGUGAAGAUAAAAGAAAGGAUUCCUAUGGGCCGCUUUGGGAAGCCAGAAGAGCUGGCUGAUGCAGUGCUAUUCCUCUGUUCUCCAGCCAGCUCAUACGUGACUGGUUCAGUACUCGAAGUCACUGGUGGUUUGUAUAUAGCUCAAGAGUCGGAGCAGCCUGCAUCGCUUGACCUCAACCUUCGACAGUCCAAAGAGCCACCAGGAACAUACCGCAGCCACCAGGUCACGGCAAUCGACAAUUCUCGGGGCCGAGUUCGUGCUGCGACUCAGGACCGGCGAGAAGCAAGCGGAAGGAUGAACGCUUUAGCACGGAACAUGUGUCCCGUUUCCGCGUCACUGCCCGAAGUGCUGACGAUAUCGAAGCUGAAGAACCGCACUGCCCUGGUCACUGGCGCAGGAAGUGGCAUCGGUCGCUGCGUGUGCGAAGCGCUGGCAGCCGAUGGCGCUCGGGUGGUGGCUGCAGACUGCAAUUUGGACUCCGCCGUCCAGACUGUGCUUCGCUUGCCCGGAGGAACAGCACGCCACCAUGCCUGUCAUGUUGACGUUAGUAGUGAAGCGUCGGUGACGUCUCUGUUCAAUAAACUUCGCAAUUGCGCGGAUCUGCCUCCGGUGAGCAUUGUUGUGUGCUGCGCCGGAGUAUCAAGAAGCGGCAGAGUCGUCGACCUGAAGCUAGAGGUGUUCGAGCAAAUGAUCGACGUGAAUUUAAAGGGAACGUUCUUGACAGUGCAAGCGGCAGUCAGCGAGAUGCUGGCGCGAGGCGUGGAACAAGGCUCCGUGGUGACGGUGUCCAGCAUCGUGGCCCAGACGGGAUUGCGAUACCACAGUGCCUACGCGGCCUCCAAGGCAGCCGUCAUCGCCUUCACCAAGACGGCGGCACUCGAGCUGGCACCACACGGCAUUCGCUGCAACGUCGUUCUGCCGGGCAUAGUAGACACCGCCAUGACGGCCGGCGUGAGCGAGAAGGACCGUGCCAACGUCAGCGCCCGCACUCCACUUGGUCGCCUGGGCCGACCCGAGGAGAUCGCCCGAGCCAUCCGGUUCUUGUGCGACGAGGCGGACAGCUCUUUCAUCACGGGAGCCUCCUUCGAAGUCACCGGCGGCCUUCACAUGUGACCACCGUCGGAGACGCAACGGCUAUGGACGCUCGCGUAACAAUAAUCUCGUACCUGACCAUCACCAGCGCGCAACCAUUGCAAUGGCAGAGGGAUAAGCAAUGACUUUCUUUCGAUGCCCAACACCGCGUCGAGUUCGAUUCCGGGCGCGGCCAGCAAGUCCCAUUGGGACUUGAGUGCAUACACGCAUGUCAGCUGAGAUUUUCAUGUGCAACAAGUCAGAUUGUAUAUGAAAAAAGGCGGAAGUUUAGGGGAAGCUUCAGGAGACUACAUAUUCGUGAACAUGGGAUGUUGCGGGAUCCGACGUUUCCACAAGCGGACCUCCCUUCUUGAAGGCUGCAGCUGUGCCUAAUGUAGUUGCAGCCUUGAAGUUGACAGGUCCGCUUGUGGACCUACCAGUUUCAGCCUCUAAGUUGGCAGGUCCGCUUGUAGAAACGUCGGAUCCCGUGACAGCCCAUGUUCGCGAAUCUGGCAUUUCUUAAAGCUGCAUUGUAGAAUCACACGCAUACGACUAGAUAUAAUAACUGUGGGUAUCUGGCCUUAUGUGUACUGGUUGUUUUUUUUUUUUGGUAUUUGGUCUGUCUAUUUAAUAGACACCUCCUCUUCGCCUGCUUGGACAGACACGAAAUGUAACUUUCAUAAUAGCGGAAGUGCUUCAGGCCAUAGAGUUCUUCUAAGUCUCAGCCGCCACCCAAGCUCCUUAGCAUCAAUUUCAUAGGUUAUACCAACGCACAAGACACCGAGAGAGAGAGAGAGAGAGAGAGAGAGAGAGAGAGAGAGAGAAAGAGAGACUCCUUAUUGACUCCUUUUGCUGGCUUCUAUGUACCCGUUGGCGUGCUGUAUAUAUACUCCUGACUCGUCAGGCUGCGCGCGUACCACCACGGAUGUCCGCCGCAAAUAAUAUUUAGUAAAACACCACGAUUUUUGUUGCUCGCGAUAAAAGUGCAAGCACUAAAAGUUAAAGAUUUCUCUCGCUGUCACGAGGGAGAGGACAUGCGCUAAAGGGGCGAGUAACAUGAAAGGCACAUAUAGAGAUGUAGAACGAUGAUUCAACUAUUGCCCAAAAGCGAGUGUUACCAGAACAUAUAUUUUCGUUUGCAUUAGAACAAAUGUUAUGUUCGCACGUUUUAUAUCUUUUAUAUAUUUAUUCCUAUAUCUAUUAUGAAGUUAUUGAUGUAAUGCUACUUUUGUCUUUCGUAGACGGAGAACUGUGUACGUACAAUGAAUUGUUUGAUGCAGUCAUAUGUACAACAUCGUACUCUCCGCCUUUCGACAAGCCAGUGCUCAGUCAGGUCAGAAAUUUGACGUAUAUAUGGCUCAUGCGCUAACGGUGAAUUUUUCGGCUCAUGAUCCCUGUAUGUGCAGCUGAACACUCUAGUCUUUUCCUCAGUGGCACAGCACAGCCAGCCGGUCUAAGAUAUGCAGCGAACUGUCUUGUCCUUCUGUCUAUUUCUUCCUGCUCCGCCCGGAAAACUGUUUCUUCUGUGGAUUACUAGGCUAAUUGUGAAGUCUCAUCUGGUAACGCACGAAGUUGCAGCGCUAGAUGCUCACAGUAUGCAAUAAAAGUUAUUACGACUGCACUCAAA